AUGGAGAGUUCAUUACUCCUCACUCUCCACCUGCUGCUGGGGGCUUCCCUUGCCCUGACCCAUACCUUUAAAGGUUCCCACUCUUUGCGGUACUUCGACAUCGCAAUAUCAAGACCUGGCUUAGAGGAGACCCUCUACAUGACCAUUGGCUAUGUGGACAACACAGAGUUCGUGCACUUCAACAGUGGGGCAGUGAAUCCAAGGUUUGAGCCUCGGGUGCCCUGGAUGGAGCAGGUGGGACAGGAUUACUGGGAUGACCAGACACACAUUGGCAAAGCAGCAGAACUGCAGAUUCGAGCAUACUUUCAGAAACUGCAAGGCUACUACAACCAGAGCGAGAAAAGUUCUCACACCAUCCAAAGGAUGACUGGCUGCUACAUUGGACCAGACGGGCACCUACUUCAUGCAUACCGUCAGUUUGGCUAUGAUGGGCAAGAUUAUCUCACCCUGAAUAAGGAUCUGAGCACCUGGACCGCGGCAGACAAGGCAGCUCUAAUCACCAAGCAAGAGUGGGAGGCAACCAAUGAGGCUGAGCGUUGGAGGGUCUACUUGCAGGGGUCUUGCGUGGUGUGGCUCCUUAAAUACCUGAAGAUGGGAAGUGAGACUCUUCUGCGCACAGAUCCCCCAAAAGCAUAUGUAACUCAUCAUCCCAGACCUGAAGGGGACAUCACCCUAAGGUGCUGGGCCCUGAGCUUCUACCCUGCUGAGAUCUCCCUGACCUGGCAGCGGGAUGGGGAGGAUCUGAUUCAGGACAUGGAGCUGGUGGAGACAAGGCCUUCAGGAGAUGGAACCUUCCAGAAGUGGGCAGCUGUGGUGGUGUCUUCUGGAGAGGAACAGAAAUACACAUGCCAUGUGCAACAUGAGGGGCUGCCUGAGCCCCUCACCCUGAGAUGGAGCAGGCCUCCCCAGUCUUUCACCCCUAUCAUAGUAGUUGUCCUCGGCCUGGUUCUCCUGGGAGCUUCAGUGGCUGCUGUUGUAAUGUGGAGGAAGAGCUCAGGUAGGAAAAGGGGCAGCCUGGGCUUUCUUUCCAACUGGGGGACUCCAAGACCCAGAUAG